CCUUAUAGGUGGAAAAGACCGUCUUUGAUUUAUAAAACUCGUGCUAUUAAUCUCUAUGUACGGACUUCAAUAUUUGAAAAGAUACGAACCACAUUGAAGGAUGUUGGUGGAAAAUCUACUAUACAAACAUUCAAAGGUGGAACAAUUGGGCGUCUUAGUGAUCACGAGAGAUACGCUAGCGCCAACAAUGCUCUGCAUCACUUAUUAUCUCGACAGAUUGAGGGAGGGGAUAUACCUCCUCAUCAAGCAUGGUUUGUUGUCGGUAGUCGUAUCAUUCGUUUUACAGCACUGGAUUACGCACUAAUUACCGGACUUCACUUUGGGUUUUGUGAGUUUGAUCCAGACGCUGAGCACCAGAUUCCGGCCACUAGUAUCUUCUACAGAUAUUUUGGUGGUCAUCCCACAAAAGUUGCAACUCUUAAGGUGAAAUUCAAAGCAAAACAACUUGGGAAGGAUCCAGAAGAUUAUAUUAAAGCAGGGAACUUGUUGAUGUAUUACUUAUUUCUCAUUUGUAGAGACGAUGUAUUUAUUGAGACAUGGGCAUGGACUUUGGUGGAGGACUUGGACGAGUGGAAUUGGUUUCCAUAGGGGUCUUAUACCUACCAGGUGUUACUUCAUUGUUUGAGCUUGACCAGAACCCGGGGUGACGUGUUGGAGAAACCAGCGUACCACUUCUUCGGCCCAGUCUGGGCUUUGCAGAUUUGGUCAUACGAAGUUAUUCCCACAUUGGGUUCUACUUGUGGCACACGAAACUCAGUCCCUAAAUUUCUUCGUGCUUUGAUGUGGACAACUAGAAAAGCUCUUGACGAUUUCACAUAUUUUUUCGACAAAGAGCUUAUUGUGCACAAGUCUCUUCAGCCAUCCCCUGAAGAGCUAGAGGAGGUAUACUACAUGAGCCUAGACAAUGGAGAUAUGCUCCAUGUUAGAUUCGUGUCUCCUCUACGUCUUGCAUUGAAGAAGAAGACAACUCAUGUUCCAAAGCAGCGUAGAAUGAGAUCUCCAACACUUGAAAGGGAUAGUAGGCAGGUUUCGCCGGUUGUUCAGAGGGGAGGACCCCGUAGUUCACCUUUGAGGGAGGAACGUCAUAGUUCUCCCGUUGUUGAGAUGAGGGAACGCCAUAGUUCUCCGAGAGUUGAGAUGAGGGACUCGCCGGUUAUUGAUAGUACACUUACUUGUUGUCACCAUGGAGUUUCGUGCCGAGACUCGGGCAAGGAUUGCCAUGACUACAUUGACCAGAGAUUGGCAAGGAUGUUGCACGAUGAGUCCGAUGAUGGAUUUAUUGCUCGAAUAGCUCGUAGAGUGCUCAGUGGACUGAAGAAGAUGCUCGAUUGUACAGGUGACAAAUCUAUUCGUCUUAGUCCUAGGAGAUCAGUGGGGCAUGUAUCUCCUGUUCGCUCCACUUCUCAUGUACAUCAUUCGCAUCACUCCACUUCUCGUGUAGAGCAGCCACUGCCACAUCGAUCCACUUCUCCUGAGAGCAAGUAAC